CGUACGAUUAGAAAGGAGAAACAGGUCUAGGAAAUACCAAAUCUUUGAGCUGCAAUUACCAGAAGCUGCUGGAAGAUUGUUUUUACCUAUUCCAACAAUCUCAAAGAUUUGCUCCGAUGAACGAAACAACGGUAAGCUACGAUUGUGGGGCAUGCGAUCGACCCAAUUCCGCCGAGGCGAAGAUGGUCGAAUGCGAAAGCUGCGAAACAUGGUUCCAUCUUAGUUGUGCUGGAGUAUCGCCGGGAGUUGAAAAGCGGUCGUGGAUUUGUGCGAAUUGUACCCCGCUAAUGCCAGUUGCAUCUGCGGCCACGAAAUUAAAAACAAAAGAAGCUGCGUUGCAAGUAGGAGCGAAGAAGGGUAGCCGAAAAUUGUCAGUAAAGUCGGACGCUGGAAUCACGGUAAGUGGUGGUAAACAGCUGGAAGUCCCAGAGCAAACUGCAGGUAAACCCACCACCGGAGCCAUUCCGAAAGCUACAAAGGUCAGCGAACAGAGUGAUCGUGUGUCGGACGCUGGAAUUACGGUCACUGGUUGUCAAAAGCUGGAAGUCCCAGAGCGAACUGCAGGUAAAACCACCACCGGAACCAUUCCAAAAGCUACGAAAGCCAGUGAUCGUGUAAAAAAUGGCAAAGCGACUGAAGAUUUACUGAAGCCGGCAGAACAAGCCUCGACCCCGAAAAAGCAUCCCGAAAUACAGAAAGCAGCGAGUUCCCGUGCAUUAUCUGCGAAAGCCAACACAACUAGCUCCCGAGCUCGAGCGAUGCUAUCGCUACAGCGAUUGGAGGAGAAACGUUCGUUGGAGCAGAGAAAGCUGAAGGAGGAACAAAAUCGCCUGAAAAAGGAACGGGAGCUGCUCGAGAAGGAAAAGGCUUUGGAAGAAAAGGAGUUGACCAUCAAAGCUAAAGCACUCAAGGCAGAAGAGCAAUACUUAGAGGAAAAAUACGGUUUAGAGGAGCAACUAGUCGAGGACGACCAACAUUCGCAAAUUAGUUACCAGAGUGGGAGGUCAAAGGUGCAAGUCUGGAUAGACCAGCAAGAACAGGACAGUGACGGUGGAGAAACCCCAUUAAACCCUCAAGAAGAAGAACAACACCCUCAAGAUGGACGAUCGCACUUAUCGGACGGUGAUGUAAAUCCAAACAGACAAGCCGAUCCAUUUCGCGGUCAAGUAGGGAACGGAAGAGGGACGAACGUUCUACGAAACUAUCAGGAACAAAUUGAUCGUGUAAUUAAUCCUACUGCGAGUCAAUUAACCGCGAGCGUCCCAUCGAUUAUGGAGACUCUGCGGCGGUUAUACGGACGACCGGAAUUGCUGGUAAAGAAUCUGUUGGGAAAAGUUCGUCGCCUAGAAGCACCGAAACCAGAACGACUCGAUACGUUGAUUAACUUCGGCAUGGCUGUCCAGCAGUUAUGUGACCACCUUGAGGCUGCCAAUCUACGAAGCCACCUUGCUAAUCCGACUCUUUUGGAGGAGCUGGUGGAAAAGUUGCCGGCAUCAAUCAAACUGGACUGGGUGCGAUGGAAGAGAGCGUACGAAGAGCCAUCCCUGAAGGAGUUUGGUGAGUUCAUGGACAACCUGGUGGUUGACGCAAGCGAGGUAACCGUGCUGGUAGCACCGAGAAAGGAUACACUCCAGUCUGAGAAAGGAAAACUACCAAAAAAAGGACUUGUCUACGCCCAUGGCGAUACGGGAUACAACUCAAAAGUCUUCGUCAUUAGGAAACCCUGUCCGAUAUGUGGCAAGGUCGAUCACCGCGUACGCAACUGCGAUGGAUUUAAGCAGAUGGCAUUGGAAUCACGCCUGAAAGCAGUCGAGCAGUACAAGCUGUGCGGAGUCUGCCUGUAUGAUCACGGCAAUCAGAGAUGUAAGUCACGAUUCCACUGCAAUGUUGGAGAUUGUCGUCAGCGACACCACUCCCUACUGCAUCCAAUUCAAUCGAGUCCUGCUACCAGAGCGCAAGUUCAAGCGCACACCAGUGUGAGUAGACCUGUGUUAUUCCGUAUAGUGCCGAUCACAUUGUACUACGGUGAUCGAAGCUUUGACACGUAUGGAUUUCUGGAUGAAGGAUCUUCUUUUACCUUGGUAGAAGUUAGCGUUGCACACAAGCUCGGAGUCGUGGGAGUGCCUGAACCAUUGGAGUUAGCAUGGACAUCAAAUGUGGUUCGCAAAGAAAAGUCAUCGCAGCGGAUCGACUUGAUGAUUUCGGGACGAGGAGAAACCGAACGCUUCAAAUUGUCAUCGGCACAUACCGUGAAUGCCCUAAGCCUGCCUAAACAGAGCUUGCCAUUCCACGAAAUGGCAGAAAGGUUAACACACCUUCAUGAUCUACCAAUACUCUCAUAUGUGGACGCUGAACCGAAAGUACUGAUCGGGCUGCAGAACUUGGAGCUCUUCGUACCAUUGGAGAAUCGCAUUGGUCAACCUGGCGAGCCUAUAGCAGUACGAAGUGUUCUCGGGUGGACAUUGUAUGGACCUUGCGAAAUGAACUCAGAGACCAAUCGUUUUGUAGGGCACGUACGCAGGUACGAUGGGGAUCGGGAGCUUAACGAAAUAAUACGUCAGCGAUUCGUUCUCGAAGACAUUGGGGCAUGUGCUAUGCUACCAGAGUCAGCUGAGGUGAAGCGAGCUCGAGCGUUACUGGAGCAAACUACAUCGCGAAAGGAUUGUAGAUUUGUCACUGGAUUGUUGUGGAAGAAAGACGAUGUACGGCUCCCAAAUAGUCUACCGAUGGCGUUGAGGAGAAUGAAAAGCCUCGAAGCGAAGUUGGCAAGAGAUCCAGACCUGCGAGACAACGUGCACCAGCAGAUCCGAGAAUACAUCGAAAAAGAUUAUGCACACAUGGCAAUCGAAGAAGAACUAUCGGCAUCUGAUCCAAAUCGGAUAUGGUACCUUCCUCUCAACGUGGUAUCGCAUCCGAAGAAGCCUGGAAAGAAGCGACUGGUAUGGGACGCAGCGGCACAAUUCAGUUGUUAUACGUGA